AUGGGUGCACAAAAAUCGAAAGAAAAUGUUACAACAACAUCAAAAUCAAGAGCAUCGUCAAAUAUUCGCCAGCCACGACAACGUAUGGCACAAAACUACCUUCUCAUCUGGGUAGAUGCCAGCAUCGACCAAGCAGACGGGGAUUGCCAGAAUACGCUGGCUCAAUUGAAGAACGUAGUCAAUGAUGUCAACCUAUGCACGGAACCGAAUCAAUGCAUCGACGCACUCAACACGGUUGACAAGGAACAAGCCUUUGUCAUAACAUCAGAUUCAUUAGGUCAACACUUGGUUUCUGAAAUUCAUGGCAUACCACAGCUAGAUGCCAUUUAUAUCUUUUGUGACGACAAAUCCACACAUGAGGAGUGGACUCAAAACUGGACAAAAAUCAAGGGUGUUCAUACAAACAUCAAAGAAAUUUGUCAAGCAUUACACUUCGCGGUUAAACAAUGCGACCAGGACACAAUUGCCGUAAGUUUUCUUACGGUAAACGAAAUGGCUUCAACUGAGAAUUUAAAUCAGUUGGAGCCAACUUUUAUGUGUAUACAAACACUCAAGGAGAUUCUCCUUGAUAUCGAAUAUGAUGAUACGGCAAUCAAGGACUUAGCAGUUUGUUGCCGCGAAGUCUUUACUGACAAUCCAGGUGAAUUACAAGUGAUUGAUGAAUUCGAACGUGACUAUGAUCCAGAAAACGCAAUAUGGUGGUAUACACGUGAGUGUUUUACCUACAAAAUGCUUAAUAAAGCACUUCGACUUAUGGAUGCCGAUAUAAUCAUUAAUAUGGGCUUCUUCUUACGUGAUGUACAUCAACAAAUUAAACAACUGUACGAACAACAAGUCAAUAGUAAUGGAAGCGAACCUUUUAUAGUUUAUCGAGGACAAGGUCUUCUGAAAUCAGAUUUUGAAAAGCUUCAGAAAGCAAAAGGUUGA